ACCACCAUGAGCUCCAGCGACACCCAAGAGCGACGCUGCUGUGCGAUCUGCUCCUAUCCUGCGCCCAGCCAAUGCUCUGGCUGCGGACAGGCGUUUUACUGCUCGAAAGAGCAUCAGACACUGGCGUGGUCUAAACACAAGCGUCUAUGCAAGAUCUAUCAGCGCCAGGCUCGAGGGGAGCCCGUCCCUUCCCCAGAUUCCUACUGCGGUCUGUGCGGGAAGGAGAACGGGCCGCUCCGUCGGACAGAAUGCUGCAACAGAACUAUCUGCGACGACUACGGGAACUACACGAUGUUCUCGUUCAGCGCCAACAGCUGCUCCCGAAACCAUGAUCGAUAUACGCGCUGCUGCUACCAUUUCAACGAAGGUCACCCCGGCAGCGACCCUCUGCAGUGCACUAAGUGCUCUACUAGCCACGACGCGGAGAAGGAAGCGUGGUACAUGACGAACAAUUACAACUUCCAGGAGGACAUACUACGGGCCAAUCCGGCAUCCUUCGCACCAAAGCACUGCACCGGGUGCGGCAGGCAGGUCAAGCAGAAUGCCGAAGCCGUUUCGUAUGGGCCAAGUGGUCUGCAGUGUGGCCGAUGCACGGAGAGGAUGGCUCCUUCUGUGCUGCCUCAAGAUACUUACCAGUUUGACUCUUGAAAGGUAGCGACGUACGCGCCAAUGUAAUACCCUGAUCUAUGUUUGUGACCAAGAGGUUCAUAUCAUCAGAGUCGACGCAACGAAGUGCGCUCGUUGUAAGUAAUCAUUUCAAGAAUGUUGCAGCGCAUACUGUAUAUUCGCGAGCGCGGGAACAGGUAGAGUUCAUGAAAAUCCUAUCUCAAGUACUGGAAACAUGUACUACGGCGCUGGAUCUCCUUGUCGUCAUCACAGUCCGAUGUACUUAUGUGUGUAAUGGGCCCUUUCCCUUCAC